AUAACCCACAGUAGGGGCAGAGAGGAGGAACUCUUUAACCGCAGAGAAACAGGGAAGGGUCUGGAAAGUGGUGGCUCCGACCCGAAGGGUCACACGGGAAAGGGAGAAGGGAGUAGAGGGGGUUAGGGGUAAAUGAGGUAGCGGAUGAAAUGCGAAUCAGGAAAGUUUGAAGGCUCCGGGGCGAGGCUAGAAUGUUUCGUCCAGAGUCUGAACUCCUGUGGGCGGGACUAGACUCUUUCGGGUAGUCGUCAGAACGCUAGUUUUAAGGGCUUUAAAACUUUAGAACAGCUCCGGGACUGGUGGAAGUGUUGUAGGCGGAACUUGUCUCCACCUGUCUAGAACCCAGAUGCCCCGAGGAGCGGUAGGUGACCACCUGAAGAUGAGGUUUAUUUCCUUGUAGCUCCAAUUGUCUGCCCUCGCCUCCUCCAAAGGGACACUCCUACGACUGAAAGGAUAGGGUUAAGUACCACUCCACCUGUGUCCAACCCACUCCCCUUCACCAACCUUUCAGUCCCCUGGAAAAGCAGAGGCGCCUAGAGCUCCUCGUGCAAAGGGAAAUUUGAGUCCCGGAGGGCUCUCAAGGAACCACAGCACCAGCUUCACCUCAACCCCACGGGGGCAGCCUGAUGCCCCAGAAGCGGCGGAGACCCCGGAAGACUGAGUCGGGGGCGCCUGGGCCAGGGCUGGAGCCGCACGUCUCAGGACGGUUUAGAAGACUAAAGGUCAGGAUGGGGUGUGUGAAGUCCAGGUUUACCCAGGAUGGUGGGAAGUUCUUCAAAAAAGAGUCUCAAACAAAUACCAAGGGCCCUGUGUAUGUGCCAGAUCCAACAUCCCCUGGAAAAGAGGUAGUCAGUGCUUCCAGCGUCAAUAAGGUCAUCUCCUCUGAUGGCUCUGAGAAGAUGGACAUCACAGUUGUGGCCCUUUAUGACUAUGAGGCCAUCCACAGUGAGGACCUCAGCUUCCAGAAGGGUGACCAGAUGGUGGUCCUAGAAAAGUCUGGAGAGUGGUGGAAAGCUCGUUCUCUUGCAACCCGGAAAGAAGGCUAUAUCCCAAGUAACUAUGUGGCUCAGAUCAACUCGCUGGAGACAGAGGAAUGGUUCUUCAAAGACAUCAGCCGUAAGGAUGCAGAGCGUCACCUGCUGGCACCUGGGAACGUCCUGGGCUCCUUCAUGAUUCGGGACAGUGAAACCACCAAAGGCAGCUAUUCCUUAUCAAUACGGGACUAUGACGCUCAGCACCAGGAUGCAGUGAAACAUUAUAAGAUCCGGACCCUGGACAACGGCGGUUUCUAUAUCUCCCCGCGAAGCACUUUUAGCACUCUGCAGGAUCUGGUGGCCCACUACAAGAAAGGAAGUGAUGGCUUAUGCCAGAAGCUAACAGGGCCCUGUGUGGUCCCCAAGCCCCAGAAACCCUGGGAGAAGGAUGCCUGGGAGAUCCCCAGGGAAUCCCUGAAGUUGGAGAAGAAACUGGGAGCUGGGCAAUUUGGAGAAGUCUGGAUGGCUACCUAUAACAAACACACCAAGGUAGCUGUGAAGACCAUGAAGCCAGGGAGCAUGUCUGUGGAAGCCUUCUUGGCUGAGGCCAACCUGAUGAAGACUCUGCAACAUGAUAAGCUUGUGAAACUGCACGCCGUGGUCACGAAGGAAGAGCCCAUCUACAUCAUCACUGAGUUCAUGGCAAAAGGAAGCCUGCUGGACUUUCUGAAAAGUGAUGAAGGACGAAAACAACCCCUGCCAAAGCUCAUCGAUUUCUCAGCCCAGAUUGCUGAAGGAAUGGCCUUCAUUGAGAUGAGGAACUAUAUUCACCGAGAUCUAAGAGCAGCCAACAUCCUCGUCUCAUCGGCCCUGGUGUGUAAGAUUGCUGACUUUGGCCUGGCACGGCUCAUUGAGGACAACUUUUACAAUGCUCGAGAGGGAGCCAAGUUUCCCAUUAAGUGGACAGCUCCAGAGGCCAUCAACUUUGGCUCCUUUACCAUCAAGUCAGAUGUGUGGUCCUUCGGCAUCCUUCUGAUGGAGAUUGUCACUUAUGGCCGGAUUCCCUAUCCAGGAAUGUCUAACCCUGAAGUGAUCCGUUCCCUGGAUCGUGGAUACCGGAUGCCUCGUACAGACAACUGCCCAGAAGAACUAUACAGCAUCAUGACUCGCUGCUGGAUGAACAAACCCGAGGAUCGGCCUACAUUUGAGUAUCUCCAGAGUGUGCUGGAGGACUUCUACACUGCCACUGAGAGCCAGUACCAAAAGCAGCCAUGAGGAGUAGCAUCCCAAGCAUUGUGACCAACUCUUGAAUCAUAUCAGCAUACCAUCAUGUUGCUUUCAUGUACACUACCUACUGGUCAUACUCAUCUUCCUAAUUCCCAUCUCCAUUUCAAGAUCCAUCUCUGAGACUGGGAGUGUGGAGACCUGUGUUCUAGUUCUGUCACUAACUCAGUGGAUCAUUGGACCAAAUCACUUGCUCUUUCUGGGUCUUCCUCUUUAAAGUGAAGGCAUUGGAUUAGAUGAUCUCUGAGGUCCCUUCCAGCUCUAACAUUCUAUAUUCUAUGUUCUAAGGUCCCUUCCAGUUAUAGCAUUCUAUGUUCUGUAGUAUAAGGUCCCUUCCACCUAUAACAUUUGACAAUCUAAAAGCUCUUUUGGUUCUGACAUUCGCUGACUGUGAUUCCUAGGAAGAUUGCUGGUCAGUAUUGCUAUUGGCAAUUGACUGGGAUGGUUGUUAUUCCAGUUUUAGCCACAGCUUUGGGAGAUCUGGGUCAAAUGGAAAAAUACUAUGAAUGCCACAGAGUUUAUGGAUAGACACACAUUUCUCUUCUUCCAAUUGCCAAAAAAUCCUCUUAGUUCCUAGCAGCUCAUUAACCAAGAAAUUGGGAUGGAGACCUCCCAGAGACCAGAACUGCUGAGAGAAAGGGGGCUGCAUCUUUUUUUCUUCCAACCUGCCUUGGGACAGUGUUAAGAAAGGAGUCUGAGAGUUUGUCCAUGCUAUUGUCUCAGAAGAGCUGUGAGCUUAGCCUCUCAUUAAAAAUUUCUCAAGAGAUGAGGCAUUUGGCCUCCUCCCAGUCCAAAUUAAGGCAUAAGAAAUUGUUUUGGCUUUCUUGUCAGGACUAGUGAGUGGCUAUACCCUUCUCAUUUCCUAUCCCAAAUUGGCCAGUGUGGUUGUCAGAAACCCAUCUGUGGUGAAGGGGGUGCUGGGAUUGGUGGGAAGUGAUUUUGGAGGGGCUUGGCAAAGGACAGCCCCACAAAGGACAAGGGGAACAUAAGAGGGUAGAAGAUGAGAACUUUGUGGGUUGGCCUUUCCCAGAUGUUUUUCCAGGCCCCUUGGCUGCCACUACCUCCAGAGGCAAAGAUGGAAGGCUAAAGAUUCACUUCCAAACUGUCUCUCCUGAGAGGACUGGGGAGGAAUCAAGAAAAUAACAGAGGAAGAUGUAGUUAGCCUGAACCUUACCUUCCUAUUUUUUCUUCUCAGGAUGAAAGAAUACAAAGACAGGCUCCAGAGGUUCGCAGAUUAGCCAGACCACUUAGUCCAUACUUGUAUGUGUGGCCACAUUCUCAGCCACAGCUCUCCCCAAGGCUUCACUAAAGUCCUGCCUUGGCUUAACUCUACGCUUGAGUUAGGUCUGUGGAUGUUAAUAAUAGGAGAUUACAACUAACUGCAGCUCACCCUAUUCCCUUCUGUUUGAGGUGGGCUUCUUCUCCCUUUCUUCGCUGAGAUGGCCACUGGGGUAUUUAAGGCUAGAGAACUGAAUGGAAUGAGGACGGGGUCCAGUCUCAUAGGUGCAUCUAGACCCCCGUCAUCCUGAACCCCGCUUCUCCAUCUAGCGUAUUCCUGCCCUAAUCAUGGGAGAUAUGGGAUAAAAGAAAUCAAAUGGCCCAGGGCAGCCAAUACCUGCUAUGGGAAAAACCACUCAGUACAUACGUCCUGUUGGUGGUGGGUCAGAGAUAGAAGCAUUGUGCACAAAGAAGAGUGGCACCUUAUCUGGAUGUCUCACUACAAAGUCUUAGUAAGUUCUAAAAAUUCUCUGAUUCACUGAUUAUUCAACAAACAGCUGAGGGCCUACUACAUGCAGAGCAUGCUCUGCCUUUGGGGAUUUGUUCAUUUAGCCAACAGUUAUCAAAUGUGCAGAGCACCAUGCCACACAUUUGUGUGCAGAACAUAGUGCCACAAAAUGGAAGAAAUACAAAGAUUAACUAAGACACGUUCCCAGUUCUUAAGGAACGCACGAUCUAGUAGGUGUAUAAGACGUAAACCCCGAUACUUUUAAAAUAUCAUGUUACAUGAAAAUGCUAUGGAAAGGUUAAAAAAAAGUGCUGUCGACCAAGAGGAUGAGGGAAGACUUCCUAGAGAUGGUAUUACUUGAACUGGGUUUUAAAAGGUGGGUAAGAAUUCAAAAGACCAAGACAGCACAAGGAAAGCAAAUGCAGGAUUCUUGGCUCUGUAAGAAGACAGAUGAAAUUCAGUUUUAUGCUGGUAGUAACAAUCCGCAGCACUUU